AUGGAACUGGACUACCAAGCAGAGACGGAACGGGUCAAGAUGACUACGAUAAGUAGUGAUACCAACCACAGCCGCACUCUGUUACCCUCGCCGCAACAAGCGUGGGUUCACGCGGUGGACAGCCGAAGAUCUCUCAUGGCAGCACUGCAAGAUGACACUAUUACAGCCAUUGAAACAGAUUUGUUAAUGGGAAGAUGCACUAUAGAAUCACAAUCCACUAUCCGAAGGGGUGUCGACUCGGUACAACAACAACAUCAACAAGACAUUCCCAUCAUGGCUCAUCCACCCAAUACAGAGAGCGAUUUGUCCAUGCUAGACUUUCUGCAAAUGGUCAGCCGCAGCAAUCCACAAGAUCAAACAGGAAAUGAUGACAACAACACAAUCACCAAAGUGAUCAAGCUGGACUUUAAGCAAAUGGAAACCGUGGAACCAACCCUCAAGGCCCUUGUGGACAACGACGCCAAUAAUAAUAAAUUCAAAACCACCGAUGCAUCGGCCAUUUUGCUCAACGCCGACAUUCUACCUGGACCCGGGAGACGACAACCGGGGAUUGUCACCAUGCAUGCCUCGACGUUUCUGGAAACGUGUAUCCAGUACAUUACCACGCAACAACAACCAUCCGUACGAUUUGCCUUUUCCUUGGGAUUCAAGACUGAUUUCACAGACACCACGGGGUACACCACGGAGGAUGUUCAAGCCAUGACGGACAUUAUCCGGCAAUACAAACUGGUCGAUCGUUGGGGCGUGGUAUUGGCACUCAAUGCCCGCUUGCUCGAAAAAAGCUUGUCCAACUUCGACAGUAUUCUUGAAGCAUUCCCCUCUCUGCAAAUAUUGGUAUGGACGGGCAAGGGAGAACCGCCCAUACCGCAAUCACUCCUGGUCAUUAUUCAAAAUUACUAUCAGGACGACAUGUCCCAUAGAAUAGGAUAUGAUUGUCAAGUACGUGAUGGUGAAGGGUUGAGUGGAGGGAGAUAA